ACUAUAGUCUAUAUCUAAGCUAACAUUCCUCUGACUCCUUCCACUCCAGCUCCGUCUGUGUCUCUCACUCUCUCUGACUGGCCAACAAAAAAAAAAUGAUGAUUCUGCAGUAUUGUAUCAGUGCUCUGCUUUUCCCUGUGUGCCCACUCCAAUUCACGAAAACGGCACUCUAGAGAGAGAGAGAGAGAGAGGAUAACACACCGACUGUCCUCAGUUUCCGAACCGCCAAAGGCACAUACUUUUCUGUUCAAUUUAUGCUCUUUUGUCUUCCUUCUAGUUCUGCCAUUUUCUUUGUUUUGCCACCAACGCAGUUGAUUUCCGAGCAAUCUCGCCAAAACCCAGAUCAAAUUUCCUAAAAAAGUUCGAAAUUUCCAUCUGGGUCUAAUCGAAUUCAGUUUCUGAGCUGAAAGAUCCAAUUUUUGUUUUUAAUUUGAUCAGUUUGAUAUUUGUCUUCUUUCCAAUUCUGGUAAUUUCUCUCUGUUUUAUUCAAAACCCAAAUCCAAUUUCCGAAAGACCUUCAAACUGUCCAUCUGGGUCUAAUCAAAUUCAGCAAUUUUUUUAUACCAAAAUCUCUGUUUCCGAGCUCACAGACCGAAAUUUUCUGUUCCAUUUGCGCAGCUGCUUUUCAUCUUCUUUCCAAUUUUGGCAUUUUUUUUUCUCUGUUCUCAUUUAAUCAAUUCACAAAACCCAAUUCAAAUUUCCAAAAAAGCUUCAAAAUCCCCAUCUGGGUCUGAUCAAAUUCAUCAUCUUUCACCAAUACUGGGAUUUUCCUCUGUUUAAUCAAAAUCGGAGCAAUCCCCACAAAACCCAAAUCAAAUUACCAAAAAAGCUUCAAAAUUUCCAACUGCGUUCUAAGCAAAAUUAGUAUCUUCGCACAUUAAAUACUGCCCCCUACAGUAAUUAUGAUGCACGCGAAAUCCGACUCAGACAUGACAAGCCUAUCCCCAUCAUCACCCAGAUCACCCAAGCGCCCGCUGUACUACGUUCAAAGCCCCUCCAGGGACUCCAACGAUGGUGAUAAAUCCUCCACAAUGCAAGCCAACAGCCCCAUGGAAUCCCCCUCGCACCCCUCCUACAGCCGCCACUCCCGGGCCUCCUCCGCCAGCCGGGUCUCGGGCACUUUCCGGUCCUCCAAUUCCGGCCAGAAGGGGGGCCGGAAGCGCAACGAGAAGGGGUGGCCGGAGUGCAAUGUGAUCGAGGAGGAAGGCGACUACGGAGGGCUUUAUGGGCACAAAGGAGUUUCCAGAAGAUGCCAGAUUUGUGUUGCUCUGUUCGGAUUUGUUUUUAUUUUCUCUGUUUUUUGCUUGAUUCUUUGGGGGGCUAGCAGGCCGUACAGAGCAAGGGUUGAUGUUAAGAGCUUGGCUGUGCAUAACUUUUAUUUCGGGGAAGGAUCGGACAUGACUGGCGUGCCUACAAAGAUGCUGACAAUGAACUGUUCAGUGAGGAUGACUGUGUACAACCCCGCUACCUUCUUCGGUAUCCAUGUCAGCGCCACGCCGGUUAAACUAAUGUAUUCAGAGAUUGCAGUUGCAACUGGUCAGUUGAAGAAAUACUAUCAACCGAGAAAGAGCCACCGGACUGUGACUGUGAACCUCCAAGGGAUCAAGGUUCCUUUAUACGGGGCUGGGGCAAGCUUAGCUGUAGCUGAUAACAACGGAGGAGUUCCCAUGAUGCUGGUGUUUGAAGUCCGGUCACGAGGGAAUGUGGUGGGGAAGCUGGUGAGAUCUAGGCACCGAAGGCAUAUUUCUUGCAACUUGGAAGUCGGCUCUCAUAAUACCAAACCCAUCAAGUUAAAAACGAGUUCAUGUACUUAUAAAUGAGCACCGAAGGCGAAUCUCUCCAUCUUGCUCGCGGAGUUUUUUCAUGGAACGAGCACAUUUUUAUUUCAGUUAUCGUGGUUAUCGGUGUGUGAUGGUGUGAAGUGUUACUGUAUGCCUUCUUCCUUGUUAAUAAGCUUCAUCUUGUCAUGCAACAUUUCGCAAAUUUCUGCAGAGAGUGAUUAUACUAGUUGGAUCGACGAUAUCCAUCUUAUAUGACAGUAGUUUUUGUGUCCAAGUUAUUCGUUUAUGUAUGUCGAAAGUAAAGCUAGAGUGAGCAGAUGUUGAAAUGAGAAUAAGUUACUUGAA